AUGACGGAAAACAGUGAACCUUCUGACCCACCAUCAAAUCCAUUUGUUCAAAACAGUACAACAUCCAAAGAAGUGGAGAUUACUCCAAAUCCAGAAGAGAGUUUUUCAAAACCUGCUGGUAUUAUUCGAUGUGCUGAAUCUACAGAUGACUCUCACCUGCUAAGAAGAUCUUCAAUGAAACCAAGCGAACCUCUUGACUGUUCAAAACACGAUGGAAUACUGAAAAGGUGA